CCACAAGAAGGAAGGCGUGUGAGCAUCUAUACCUGAGCCUGGCACACAGUAGGUGCUCAGUAGACAGGCAUACAGGAGUGAGAGAAGGAGCCAGCGAACAAAGGCUCCCAGCUUGGCAUCGCACCGCGCCUUGUGAAGAGUUGCCUGGCUCCUCGAGGGGGCAGAUCAGGUGACCUCCCUGGGAGCUGAGGUGGGCGCACUGCGCAUGCCCUGCCAGCCAGCUUCCAGAACCUUCAGUGGGGAAGGUACAACCUCAACUUGCCCACCUCACGCCGCACUUGUGCCGCUGCUCUCGUCCCUGCUGCCUGCGCUAAUCCUGCCGGGAGAAGCACGUCGUUGGGAGAGAAGAAAAGAAAAAUGAAGACAGGACCUUUUGAAGUGGUUACCAUGCUGCUGUCAGCUAUGAUUCUAAUGGACGUCUUCCAGGUGAAGGCUGAAAUGUUAGACAUGGCAGAUAAUGCAUUUGAUGAUGAAUACCAGAAAUGUACUGACAGGAUGGAAAUCAAAUAUGUUCCCCAACUGCUCAAGGAAGAAAAAGCAAGCUAUCAACCCUUAGAGGAUGUGUGGGAAAAUGCGAAAGCCAAAUGGGAAGCUCGGAAGACUCACAUCUCUCUCCCUCUGAGUUUUAAGGAUAACCACGGAAUAGCCCUGCUGGCAUAUAUUUCUGAAGCUCAAGAGCAAACUCCCUUUUACCACCUGUUCAAUGAAGCUGUGAAGAUGGCCGGCCAAUCUCGAAAAGACUAUAUCUAUGGCUUCCAGUUCAAAGCUUUUCAUUUUUACCUGACAAAAGCCCUGCAGUUGCUGAGAAGACCUUGUGAGGACAGUUACAAAAAUGUGGUGUAUAGCACAAGCCCGGGUACUUCAUUUACCUUUGGAGGACUAAACCAGGCCAGAUUUGGCCAUUUCACCUUGGCAUAUCCAGCCAAACCUCAAGUUACAAAUGACCAACACAUUCUGUUAACCAUCCACACAUGCUUUGGAGUUGCCAUUGAAAAAUUUUUUGAUAAAGAAAGUGAAAGAAUCAUUUUAAUACCUCUGAAUGAGGUUUUUCACGUGUCACAGGAUGGGGCUAGUAAUAACCUUAUCCUUCAAAGCACAAACAAGACCUGCAGCCAUUUCGAGUGUGCAUUUCUAGGAGGACUGAAAACUGAGAAUUGUGUUGAGAACAUGGAAUAUUUUCAGCCCAUCUCCAGUCCUGGUGAUAAAAAGCAGAAGCUUGAAGAGCCUGGAAAGAAAAGCCAGGAGUCCACUGUCUUACCUGGUAUGAAGAGCCAUGAACCCAUCCAAAUACCAGCUCCAGGUCCGGUGCCAGUUCCAGUUCCAGGUCCCAAAACCCAUCCCUCUGCAUCCUCUGGCAAAGUGCUCCUUCCACCGUUUGGGACAGUCAUCAGUUUAAGUAGUGCUUCUGCUAUAUGUCUGUUUGUUGCUCUGUAGGCUGAUACAUUCUGUAUUUCUUGAAAUACAUUAUAGGGAUCCUACAGGAAACCAUCAAAAGGAAUGAUGUAUUUUCCACUUGUUGGCCAAAGUCAAUUAAUAAAAUGAGAACUGCAUUUAUGUUAUUCACUUUGCAAAUUCAGAAAGUUGGUCCAGAUGUUAUAAAAUCGUUUUCACUUAUUUGUAUAUUAACCUUAGGAUUGCAGAAAAACUGCAUAUUUCUGAUUGAAUUCAAUAAAAAGACAUUAAGAUU